GUGUGUGACGUGUAAUCAACUCCAUCACGGAGAUCACCUCAGCAUCACAUCCUCUACACACUAUAAGUAGACUGACUGAUCAGUGUAGAAGCUAUGAAGACCUGCAUCUCAGCAUCUAGACACCUCAAUAGAAAUCAACAUGGAACCAAGCAUAAGGACUUUCUUGCUCUUGGCACUGACACUUGUAGCCGUUAAUGGAUCAAGACCCAACGUGGAGAAAAUCAUCUUAAGGGAAACUAUAGAGAACGUGGAAAAGAUCCUAAAUGACCGUUCAGACAGGUCAGAGAAGACUCUUAACCAAUUUGUGAAAGACAUAUUUCCAAGCGGAAGCUGCUCAAAGGAAACCCUUUGCCAAGCAGCAAUGGUCCUGACGAACACACAUCUAAACCACAGCAAGCUACAGAGGAACCUGUUUGCCUAUGCCGAAUACACCGGGCACCGUAACUGUAGCGUUCAAGCUUCAGUCAAACAUCCAAUGAAGGAAUUUCUCACAAAAAUCAAAAAAUGCUGCCAACUACUUAAUAAUGUACAUGUGAAAUGACCUUAGACUUACUGCUUAUGCUAUAUUUUUGUAUUUGCUCAUAUUUAUGUCAUAUUUAUUGUAUUUAUGAAUAAACAUAUAUGAUUAAU